AGAACAAUGUUUAGUACCUACUUCUUUAGUACUUUUUGAUAUCGCCUCUCUCGACACUUAAGUAAAAAACUACAAAAAAUUGAAUAUUUCUACCAAGUUUUAAAGCACGAAAGCAGCUUCAUUUUCCUUUAAGUGUCAAUUUUGUUUCGUAUGUCAAUCCAGAACUUAAAUACAUUUGAUCCAUUUGCUGAUGCUGUUGGCUCCGCAAACGAGGAUGUUCAAGACGGUCUCGUUCAUAUAAGAAUUCAACAAAGGAAUGGUCGCAAAACAUUAACAACAGUUCAAGGUCUUUCAUCGAAUUAUGAUUUGAAGAAAAUCGUCAGAACCUGCAAAAAAGAAUUUGCUUGUAAUGGAACUGUAAUCGAACAUCCAGAGUAUGGUGAAGUUUUGCAAUUGCAAGGAGAUCAACGUGAGAACAUUUGCCAAUUUCUGACUAAAACAGGAUUGGUGAAGCAAGAUCAAUUGAAAGUCCAUGGUUUCUAAAUGUGUUUAUUAUUUCUUCUUUGAAUAUAAUUCUGAUGAAUCUAAUUAAAUUUGCCUCAAGCAACUAACCACACCUACACACACAACAUAAUACGUUCGUUAUAAAGAGAUCAAAACGAGAAAUUGGAAAAUAAAUAAAUUACUGAAUAUCGUAUUAAAUAUAUGAUAUGGUCAGAGUUUUUCUAUAAUAACUAUCGACUUUAAGUAG